AUGGCGAAAUUCUCACAUCCGUCGUCGUUUGACUUCUUCCAACAUUCCCCCGCUCUCGACUCCAAGCCCAUCUUCUCGCCUGACGAUGAGAUGAGCGUAUUGGACGACAAGAUCCUGGACUCUAGCACCCAAGACAUCACAUCGCUCAACGGCCAACGGCGAUCGUCCUUUGACCACACGCCCGACGACUUUUCGCGGAGAGACUCCGUAUGGUCGGACAUGGCCCAACAUCACAAUGGAGCUCCCUCGCGGCAGCCAUCGCAGAUGUCGACGCCUCUCUUCGAAGCAGUGUCAAACCCGUUUGUCCACACCACCUCCUAUCCCCAACAGCAAUGGACGCUCGCCGCAGACUCCACCUCGUGUACCGCAACCCCCAUCUACGAGCAGUUCUCCCACGAUUUCGAUGCCGCAGCCCAAAACCCAUUCGUCGGCGGUGCGGCCGGUGCAGUACAGCCGUUAGCGUACCCAUCCAUGCCGUAUCGUCCAGGCUCAACCUUUGCUCCCCCUCCCUCCCACGCCAUUCCGAUGUCACCGCAAUCGAGUCAAGGUUGGGCGUCCGCGUCUGCUGAACCCACUGAGAUGCAAUCCAAGCCUGCACGGAAGAACUCUACCGCUGCCACCGGCUACCGAAAUGGCUCCAACCUUCACAUUCGCCGAGAUGGGAUCCGAAAGAAGAAUGCCCGCUUUGAUAUCCCCGCGGAACGUACUCUGAGUAACAUCGACUUGCUCAUCAACCGCUCCACUGAUGAGGAGGAGAUCAAGGAGCUCAAGCAACAAAAGCGUUUGCUGAGAAACCGACAGGCUGCACUGGAUUCGCGCCAACGCAAGAAGGUGCAUACUGAGCAGCUUGAAGAAGACAAGCGGCGCUCCACUAGCCUGAUCAACGAGCUUCAGGAAGCCAUCCGUGAGAUGAAACUCCGGGAGGCAGAGUUCGUGCAAGAAAAGGCCAAACUGCUUGAAAGCCAGCAGCAGCUCCAUCAAUAUAUCGAGCAACUGCACUCUGAAAAGGAGGAGCUAAUUCGAUCCCAUACCUUGGAGACCGGUGAGCUUCGAAAGAAGAACACCAUCCUGCGGGAGCACAUGGAGAAACUCGAGCACUCAACGACACCUGGCUCUCUCUUCCGCAGUGAUUUCUCUGAUUACGAGAGUCUCGGGGUCGGCGGCAACUCUUGGGAUGACUUCUCUAUGGCCAAUGAAUUCUCUCUGGAUAGCGAGCCACGGGUAACGGUUCGAAGCCCAACGCCCACUCCCGAGAAAUCGCUCAUCAUCAGCAAAACCGACAAGGUUGUCGAGAAGCUGUCCUCGCAAACGGACUUCCCCUUCAGCUGGAAUGCAUUCUACAUGUGUCUCCUCUUCGGUGCCUUUGUGGCUUCGAACGGUUCUUCAAUGCCCGCGACGUCCAUCCCUCCCCUUUCGGAAGAGUAUCGCGCUGAGUCUGCCAACGUUCUAAAGGCUGUCCUCGCUUCUGCCAAUCCCACACAAGCAACCCAUUCCAUCAGCCUGGCGAAUAUUCCUUCUUCCACCAGUUCAUUCCCCGCAACAAUCUCGCGUGCAGAACUGGCACAGCUCUCAUCUGGUCAGGACACCACGAUGACCAACUUGGAUGACUUGCAUCGAAACCUUGUCGCUCCAACGAAGGAGCAAGAGGACCAGCAAGCGUUUACACUUACGGCAGAGCAAUAUAAUGCGCUGACCACCCUGGACGACGAGGAUGGCGAUAUUACGCCGCAGCCUUCCAACUUGCAGCAAGCAUAUGCUGCCAUGCGAAGCAAUGCUGCUGGCACCAAAGGCACGUCUGAUGUCUAUUCUCGCUCCCUUCUCUGGGAUCGUGUGCCCGACAAGGUCGUUCGCGAUUUCAGACGAAUGGUCAAAGACUGUGGCAUCAACGUCGGUAAACACGAAGAGCCUGGUGGUGCACUCACAUCAUGA